ACGACACGCCCUCUCGUUACGGUACCUGCCCGAGAAGGAUUAUUCAAGAUGGCGACCGAGUUGACCGUCCAGUCGGAGCGUGCUUUCCAGAAGCAGCCUCACAUCUUCCAGAACUCGAAGGCCCGAACCAAGAGCACCCGACCGGGCAAGGGUGGCCGACGAUGGUACAAGGACGUCGGUCUGGGUUUCCGUACCCCCAAGGCCGCCAUUGAGGGCAGCUACAUCGACAAGAAGUGCCCCUUCACUGGUCUCGUCUCCAUCCGUGGCCGUAUCCUGACCGGCACCGUCGUUUCCACCAAGAUGCACCGAACCAUCAUCAUUCGAAGAGAGUACCUCCACUUUAUCCCCAAGUACUCUCGUUACGAGAAGCGACACAAGAACGUUGCCGCCCACGUCUCCCCCGCUUUCCGUGUCAUGGAGGGUGACCAGGUCACCGUUGGCCAGUGCCGGCCCCUGAGCAAGACUGUCCGAUUCAACGUCCUGCGCGUGCUGCCCCGAACUGGCAACGCUGUUAAGAAGUUCAGCAAGUUCUAAAUUGGAACUCUUCUGGCAUUGUUUUUGGCGUGAUAAGCAUCAGGGGGAAUGGAAAGUUUCCUCUGAAGGGUCGGGCACCGGAUGUUGCGUUGCAAACGGUUGUGCUAUAGAUGCAAUCGCGAAUAAAAAGGAUUCACGAAGACAAUUGUCUGUCUGGGGUUCAUGGUUCACUUUUGGGCGUGAUAUGGCUAGGAAAAAGGUCGUCAUGAUCUCAAGAUUACG